AUGGAUACCCUUCUCGCUCGAGACUGGAUCAGUGGCUUCAAGCCGGUUGUCACAUUUCCCGUGGGGCGUAAUCCACAGGGUGUCGCGGUAGGCGACUUUAAUGGAGAUGGCCAACUCGAUAUCGUGGCUCUAAGUUACGCGGACAACUCAACGAGCGUCUUGUUCGGGACAGGGUCGGGGAGCUUCCAACCACAAGCCACAUUCCCCGUCGGGGCUGGUGCACAUGCCGUUGCGACAGGCGACUUCAACGGAGAUGGGCAUCUCGAUAUCGUGACUUCAAAUCUGAUCGACGAAUCAUUGAGCGUCUUGCUUGGGACUGAAUCAGGGGGUUUCCAACCGCAGACCAUACUCCCUAUGAACCUUCCAUUUUAUAUUGCACUAGGCGACUUCAAUGGAGAUGACCAUCUUGACAUCGUGGCUUCACAGCCUCGUCACAAUUCAUUGAGUAUCUUGCUCGGGACUGGAUUAGGAAGCUUCCAACCACAAGUCACACUCCCCACAGUGCCUAAACCGAUAGGUGUUGCGUAG